UUCAGAGAGAAGUUGUAUAGCAAAACAAAAUGGCGACGUUCUCCUUGAUUUUCCUUGCGAUGUUUGCGGCGUCCAGUGGAGCCUCACUUUACGAAAACACGAAUUUACCGACAUGCUCUGAAAUCCGGGGUGAUUCGUGCGAGGAUGAUGCACAGUGCGAGCAAUGUGUCCCAGACCUGUUGUCGGAUAGAAAGCUCAUCUGCAACUGGAAAUGGAAGUGCAACAAAAUGAGUAUUAUCGACAUCGUGUCAAGGCAACAAUGCAAAAACGUGUUCAAGAAAGACUGCACCAUAGAUGCUGAAUGCCUGUGUAGAGAGACGCCAAUGGUAUGCGAGAACAGAGAAUGCGUGAAAGCGAAAAGCCACAAAGUCGCUGCAAGACUGUAAAGAACAUGAUCCUCUCAUUGUUGCAGAACUCAGAAUCGUGUAGCGUCUUGAAAGAGAAUAAAACUUAAUUACAUGGA